AUGCGUCAGGCUGGCGUGCGCUCGCUGCGUACGUUCGCAGUGUUGGCGAGAACGGACGCCUCCGGUCGACGAGCGGGAUUCGAAGAGAGUUCGACGACGGGCGAGACGCCAGCAGACGCAGAGGCUUUGCGUCGCUGGAGUAUUGUGCACGAAGGUGCCGAUGCAAACGCAGACACUAGCGUUGCGGAAUCGCAUCUCGCCGUCGUGGGUACGCUUGACGUGCAUCUGGGGGCGAAAUUGCCCGGGGAAAUACUCGUCGGUCGACGACCGUUCGCCGACGCGUCCGCCGACGCGUCCGCCGACGCCGCCAACGAUCAAUACGGCUUUGACCCGCUCGCCGUCGUUGACCCUCCACGAGCGUACGUCUUCAACGUCUGUGUCGCUCCCGAAUUCCGCGGUCGCGGCGUCGCGGAAGCCAUGCUGCGCGUCUCCUACGAAUAUCUCGCGUCUCGCACGCGCGCCGCAGUCGUCUACAUUCACGUCGAGCGCGACAACGUCAGCGCUCGACGCGCGUACGAAAAGGCUCUCUUUUCCAUCGAGAGCGAAGAGACGCCCGAGCAGAGCGCGAGCGCCGCGCACGAGCCUCGUAUUUUGCUUUAUCGAGAAAUUCUUCGCGCGUCGCCGGCCUUUUGA